AUGUUAUGGGUUGGUUUCUAUUUUGGUUUGAUCUACAUCUUCUUCCCGAACGAGCCCAAGCCCGGCGUGAAGACGGUCAAGAGCUACGCCGAGAAGAUGAAGCAGGAGAACGUGUACAAUGGCGUACUCGUCGUGCAGCAGGCGCUGACCGCCUUUUCCCGCAACUUGCUGCUCGGGUUAUCGCAGGAGAAAUUGCAGCUCGAGGUCUUCCAGGAAGGGGAGCUUCUUAUAAACAUUAAGAAUCAUGAUCUGGUUCCUGAGAACGUGCUCCUCACAAAGGGGCGGAAGAAGACGCUGUUGGAGAAAUACACUGUGAAAGAAACUCAGGACUUACAAAUUUGCGAACCCUUUGCCCACUCUGACUUCUGGAUGGUUUAUGGUAUUUUGUGA